AUGCCGACCCCCGAGUCCGAGGCCUUCCUGGCCAAGAAGCCCACGGUCCCGCCGACCUUCGACGGCGUCGACUACGACGACACGAAGCGCCUGAAGCAGGCGCAGGACGCCAUUAUCCGCGAGCAAUGGGUGCAGGUCAUGAUGGGCCGGCUAGUGCGGGAGGAGCUGAGCAAGUGCUACUACCGGGAGGGCGUCAAUCACCUGGAGAAGUGCGGCCGGCUGCGAGAACGGUAUCUCGAGCUGCUCAAGAACGCCAAGGUCAAGGGCUACCUUUUCGAACAACAGAACUACUGGUCGAAGGACUUUGGGAAGCAAUAAGCUGUUAGUGACUUGGAAGUUCUAUCGAACUGCCAAGCGCUCAGGACUGGGCACAGGUCUGUCCCUGUGCAUGGCUACAGGACGGAGAUGCGCUGUGAGGCGCAUGCACUGGGCAGGGCUGACUGAGGGCGGAGUAUGGAAUCCCAAAUUUCUGGGGUUCGAUCGUACAUAAAAGCUAUUGAUUGAAACCUGUAAAACACCACGAUCAGAUUGCCCAAUCGGUUACUCGCA